UCGAUUGGAGAAUCACGUUCAACCUCUUUAUUUCCGUAUCGAAAAUUUUCCAAGUUGACGUUGAAUAGCGAUUUGAUGAUACACUGUACUUAAUUUCAUCAAUACAGUGACUUGCAUGAGAAAUGACAAUGUAUGUGCAAUCUACGUGAUUUAAAGAAAAGAAAACGUGUUUGAAUAAUUAUGUGACUGAAUGUGAAAGAGUAGCAUUAAAAAAAUGUUUCAUCACGAAUACGAGAAACGGCUGUUGAAGUCAAACAGCGAGAGUCAUAUAGAUAGUCUGGCAGGUUCUGGACUUCAUUCAUCAGUAUAUUUUUCGCCAACUAAGAUGAUGAACAAUAGUUUCGAUCGAUUUAUUCCAACACGAUCGGGCAAUAAUUGGCAAACAACAUUUUCAAUGAUAUCAGAAAAUAAUCGGAAUGGUAUAGUUACAAAGAAGACUCGCGAAAAUGGAGAAAGCAACCGUGAUGGUAUUGCUUAUUCUUGUCUUCUAAAAAAUGAACUUCUUGGAGCAAGUAUAGAAGAUGUAAAAGGACAAUGUGAAGAAAGAAGAGUAUUAUCACCAUUAGUUACCAGAAAUCUCUUUAAAUACAUUACACCUACAAAAGACCACACACUAUUGGAUCAAAGUUCACCUUAUUCUUUAUCACCAUUGAGUGCUAAAAGUCAAAAACUUUUAAGAUCACCAAGAAAAGCAACAAGAAAGAUUUCCAGAAUACCUUUUAAAGUAUUAGAUGCUCCUGAAUUACAAGAUGAUUUUUAUUUAAAUCUUGUUGACUGGUCUUCUCAAAAUGUUCUUAGUGUUGGUCUAGGUAGUUGUGUUUAUUUGUGGUCUGCAUGUACCAGCCAAGUGACUAGAUUAUGUGAUUUAUCCAGUGAUGGUAAUAGUGUAACAUCAGUUGCUUGGAAUGAAAGAGGAAACCUAGUUGCAGUUGGUACACAUUUGGGCUAUAUCCAAGUAUGGGAUGUAGCUGUAAGUAAACAAGUAAGCAAAUUACAAGGACAUAGUGCAAGAGUUGGAGCACUAGCUUGGAAUGGUGAAGUUUUAUCAUCUGGUAGUAGAGAUAGGUUAAUAUUACAAAGAGAUGUUAGAACUCCUUGUGUUGUCAGUGAAAGACGUCUAGGAGCUCACAGGCAAGAAGUUUGUGGACUCAAAUGGUCUCCAGAUAAUCAAUAUUUAGCCUCUGGUGGAAAUGACAAUCGUCUUUAUGUAUGGAACUUACAUUCCCUUUCACCAAUACAAACAUAUACUGAACAUCUAGCAGCGGUUAAAGCUAUUGCGUGGUCUCCACAUCAUCAUGGUCUUUUAGCUUCUGGUGGUGGUACAGCAGAUAGAUGUAUUAGAUUUUGGAACACAUUGACAGGUCAACCAAUGCAAUGUGUAGAUACUGGUUCUCAAGUUUGUAAUUUGGCUUGGAGUAAGCAUAGUUCAGAACUAGUCAGUACACAUGGUUAUUCUCAAAACCAAAUUUUGGUUUGGAAAUAUCCCAGUUUAACCCAAGUUGCAAAAUUAACAGGACAUUCAUAUAGAGUUUUAUAUUUAGCUAUGUCACCAGAUGGUGAAGCUAUUGUAACUGGUGCUGGAGAUGAAACUUUGCGUUUUUGGAAUGUGUUCAGUAAAGCACGUAGUCAGAAAGAAAAUAAGUCUGUAUUAAAUCUCUUUACUAGUAUUCGAUAAAUUAAUAUAAAAAAAAUAAUGAUUUUAUGUAUAAUACAUAAUAUAUGCACUAUUCUAGUACUUUGAAAAAUUAUAAUGUAUACAACAUAUAUAACUAAUAAUUUACAAACAUUUAGUUAAAUAUAAGAACAUAUUCUGAAAUCUAUUAAGAUUAAGUUUAUGCACAGCCAAUUGUUCAUUAAUUUUUGCGUGCAAUAAGUUAUUAUUCAUAAAAUUAUGCCCUUAUAAGAAAAAGAAAGAUGAUAUA